CUUGCGGACAUUAUGAGACCAUCUCUAUUCCAAUCAACACCGUACGCCAGAUUGUGAUCACUGUUGGUGUAUUCUAUGACAUUUGUUUGAUAAUUUACAACAUCAAAUCCCCCAUACAUGUUGGCCAUUACCAUUCUCAUGUUCUCGACUUCACUGAAUUUAAUUCUCCAUAUACCGCCACUUGUCUUUAUGCUAUUGAUUGGCUUAUUGAUGUUUCGCUUGUCAAAUAUUCUCAAAUUCUCGUCGUAUGAGCCGACAGCGAUGAUGUUUUGAUCAUGUGGUGAAUUCGCUAUGGUUGUUACACCACCUUCGAAUCUUGUUGGAUGCGAUUGGAGUGUCUACACCUGAUCGGAGAUCCCAGCACUUGAGUAUGCAAUCAUCUGCACCUGUAUAGAUAAUAUCAUUCGGCUUGUAAUGAUCCCAAGCGGCAAUCCAUGUCUCAUAAUCAUGAGCCUGCCAAUCAACUAGCACCUGUUCAGUAGCACUGUUGACGGUGAGUGCUCUGCCGUCUGACAUUGAAACUGCCACGAUUGGCUCAACUUCUUUCCGUGAAUUAGACCAAUCGAGUGAUAAAGCUAGCGACUGAUUGUCUGAUUUGCAAUCAACCAAGCUUAGUUGUUUGAGCUUCUUAUUUUCAUAUUUAUCAACAGACAAGUAACCUUUGGCAUCGACUACGGCUAUAAAGUCUUUCAUCCACUUUAUAUCUAAAGUACCGGGUGUGGAUUUGCUAUCUAUUACGUUAAACUUUCUUUCCUUACAAUCGUAUAAAAUACAAUCUCCUUGCCUCUCUUGAUGACUGAUUAGACCUUGCUCAUUAGUUUUUGUUUCAACCAAUUCGUACGUUCCAACGGCGUAUAGAUCUAAUAAACUAUUAUAUUCUACUGAACAUGCUGUAUUAUUGAAGCUUAUCUGAUCAAAUACUUGCAUACUCGCUUGUUUCUCUACUUCGAAGUAAUUAAUGGAUCCUAUAAAGCAGGAAUUGUUAAAAUCUGGUAAAAUAGAUCCAGUAAAUUUAUUGCCUUCGAAAAUUACACUAGCUAAAUGAUCUAUUAGUCUAAAAUACAGAGCGUUCCACAAGAAAGACUGAAUCAAUUUCAAUCAGGUUCAAACUUCAAAUCAGCAAAGGAUAGGCAGAAGGAGCUCGACGAACAGCGUAGGCGUGAAGAGGAAGAGUAUACAAAAGAGGCUUAUAAAGAAUACCUGGAUGCUUUUGAUGACGUUAAGCAGUCCGCUUUUGUUAGAAGUGAUGGAAGAAGACAGCCACAACAUAAUUCUUCUAGCUAUUCACAGAAAUCUCAGCCGGUAGAACUCAAUUCACAAGGCAAAGUUAAGGGCAAGACACAAAUGGACAGCUUUUUACAAGAGCUGAAGCGUGAGCAAGCCGGUAGAGGCCCAAACAAACCAGACAUGGGUAGUCAGAGCGAGAUAGAUCCUCAUUCGACCAACAUAUACGUCGCGAACCUUCCAAUAAACAUUGAUGAGCAGAUGUUCGGUGAAUACUUCUCCCGCUAUGGUCCCAUUGCCUCUGUUAAAAUUAUGUGGCCACGUCAAGAAGAUCAAUCGAGGUUCAAGCAACCAGGAUAUGCGGGAUUCGUUAGUUAUAUGUCGUGCAAAGAUGCUGAGUUAGCUGUCAAAGAACUUGAUGGUUCAGAUUGGCAGGGACAUGCUUUAAAGCUUGAUUGGGGUAAACGCGUCAGGUUACCUUCAAGAGCUAUAUUUGAAGGUCCUGUCAAACGACCUGCGAUGCCAGCCAGUUAUUACGAUGAACGCGAUUCUAAGCGAACGCGGACAGAAGAGACAAUCAAUGAAGGUCAUAGUACUGUCACAUUUGAUACAGAAACUCUCAAUUUCUUGAUGAGUGUCGUCUAUAAUGCGAAAUCUCAUAAGUAUGGUCCAAUAGCAGGUUUCAAUGAACUUAAAAUGACCGGCGUUCAAUACACUUUCCUGAAUGAUGAGCAUGAUCCAAAGACUACUUUCGUACACAAUCGACUGCAGGACCUUAUACCAUUCGAUGAUGAUCAGCCAACGAAUGAUUCUGAUGCGGAAUUAACUGAUGAAGAACGAUCUGAACAUGAGAAGCUUCAAAAACAGAAGCAAAAUGAUUUAGGACCAAUAGCUAGGAAACAAUUUGAGAUUAUGUUGAGACAAAUUUCACCUAAACGGUAUUCAAUUGCGAAAUUGAUGGUUUUCGCAAUAGACCAUUCAGAGAGCUACAGGGAGAUUGUCGAUAUCUUAAUCAAAUCGUUAUUGAACGUUUCAACACCAGUCCCACGAAAGAUCGCGAGGUUGCACCUCGUUUCAGAUAUAUUGGCGAACAGUGCGGUUGGUGUAUCAGGUGCCUGGAGGUAUAGAGACGAAAUACAGAAGCAUCUAGAUAAAGUUUUUGAACAUCUGGGUCUAGUAAGGUCCGUAUUCCCAAGCAAGCUCAGCCAAAAUUUCUUCAAAGAGCGUGUUGAAGUGGUGUUGAGGGUCUGGAGUGAAUUGUUUAUAUUCCCUGAGAACAUACUUGACAGCUAUAUGUUGAAAUUAGAGGAUAAUGGAAAAAAAGCAGUAUCAGAAUUGAAAAGCAACAGUACGCUAAUAAGUCAACAGGACAAUGAGAGUAUAUCCAGUAAUCCAAUCACACCUGUUUCUGAUGAGACAUUGAAGCCAACUGGUUUUAGACCUAUUGGCAAAGAACCAGAAGAAAGCAUCGAUGGUGCACUUUUGGAAGAUCUGGAUGGUGCACCAAUGCAGGACGAUAUUGACGGAGAGCCAAUGCAGGACGACAUUGAUGGAGAGCCCAUGCAGGACGAUAUAGGUGCCCAGCCACUCGAAGACGAAGACAUCGACGGGGAAGCAAUAUAGAUAGUGAAAGAGAUAUGUAAAGCAUACUAAUGAAUAGAUAAUUGUAAUAAUAUAUAUAGUUG